AUGAGACCCGUAAUUCUUCUUGGGCUCUUGGGAGCUACGUUGUCAGCCCCGCUAAUUCCACGGCGCUUUAUAUCUGCUAGUCACAGCAAUGAGUUACUUCUGAAUCUUAACAAUGGACAGCUUCUGCCACUUCAGUUCCAGGGCCCAUUUAGCUCGUGGAUCCCUCCCUUCCCCGGCCUCCUCCAGCAGCAGGCUCAGAUUCCCGCACUCCCACAGCUCUCCUUGCCAACUCUGGACCAGUUUGCUCGGCUGUUCCCAAAUCAGCUACCUUUCCCAACGCAAGCAGGUGCUGCCCAAGGGGGGCAGACUGGACAACUUGAGCCCCCACAGCCCCAAACACCACCACAGACCCAGCAGGUUGCUGAUCGUAUGGUGUCCUACGCAAUCCCCUUCAUGAUGCCUCAAGAUCAAACACAGAUGCUGCAGUACUACCCCAUCAUGCUCCUGCCGUGGGAACAAUCCCAACAGACAGUCACGCUGUCACCCCCACAAACAGGGCCACAGCAGUAUGAGGAGCAGGUGCCAUUCUAUACUCACUUUGGAUAUAUCCCACAGCAGGCAGAACCUGGUGUACCAGGAGGACAGCAACAAUUUGCUUUUGAUCCCCUCAUCGGAACAGCUCCUGAAACUGUUAUGAUACCAGCAGAAGGAGUGCCUCCAUACUUACAGAAAGAUGUGGUGAACUUCAGGCAAGGCAAUGCAGGAGUUUUCAUGCCUCCAACUUCACCCAAACCCAACGCAGCUGAGAUUUUCACCCCUGCUAUAGACCCAACCAUUGCUCCAGUGCUUCCGGAAGAGAAGGUGUUGGACGCUGGUACAGUAGGACAUAAACUGAGGCUUUUAGAACCUCGAGUUCAUUAUAUCGACUUGCAUAAGCCUCAAGGCCCUGCACAGAUGAAGCUUCUCCUCCUGCUCGCUGCCGUCUUGGUGGUGGCCGUGGCUUUGCCGGUCUCUCAAGAUGAGGAACGAGAAAAACGAAGUGUCAGUGAUAGUGAUGAAAUACGCUCCCGGUUUUUCGCUCCCCCGUAUGGAUAUCCAUUUAGCCCGUAUCCACCAUUCCCCAAUCAAGGCUAUCCAUGGUUCAGAUAUUACUUUUAUCCUUUCCCCUUCCCUGCGGCUCCUCCUAACCCCACUCCUCCUCUAACUAUCAGGAAAUUAGAAAAAGUCUCUUUGAAAAAGAUUGUUUCCACCAGUGCAAGGUCGGCCUUGUUCACAGUGAAGGCCCUCAGUGUCCGUGUGCAGAUGCGGCCCCCACCCAUGCAUAAAGUGGCUCAACAUCAAGACCAGCCAAAGGAACUACUUGAUUCAGAUUUAUCAGUGUCAGCAAGGAAGACAAACCACAACGCCUACGGCUGCCUUAAGGACGCUGUGGGCAGACGUACUAGGAAGCCCUCCGGGCUCUUCCCGCCGCCCAGGGACGCUCCAGAUGAAGACUCUGCGUCCGGGAAGAAUGCAGCGCGGGGCCAGGGCUUCUGA